CCACUGCUUGGUGCAAAUGGACACGACGAUGGAGGGGUCCACAGGCGCGGCCGCCGACUCUGGCUUCCUGCCGAUAGGCCAUGUCUCGGAGAAGCGUCCGCUGGAAGAGACCUUGGUGGAUGGCGACGAGCUGGAGGAGGAUGACGACGACGACUUUGACGACGAGAAGCCGGUCCUCCAUGUCGCCAAGAAGGCUCGUCUCGGCGACGAAGAGAGCGAGGUCGCGCCGCAGGAGCACGAUCAUGGCAUGGGCGUAGUCGACGAAGAAGCGCCGGCGAUGGUCUUGGACGCCGUCGAGCCCGACGACGCCAGCUGCAGCACCGUCUCGGAAGCACACGAGCACGUCGCAGAAGAGGACGAGGACAUGCAAUACGAUCCCGAAUACUACACACAGAGCACAGACGCCCUGCCUGCGGAGAGCCCGAUCUCGAUCCCCGACGACGACGAGCCCGAGGUCAUGGAGACGCAGAGCGCGUCCGAGCCCAACCAGAUGGACGACGCGGCCGAGACGGCGCAGAUGGACGACGCGCCCGAGCCCGAGCAGUUGCACAGCACUCCCGAUGUCGUGCAGGUCCACGACGCACCCGAGGAUGAGUCGAUGAACGAAGAGGCUGAGGCCGUGCAACCCCAUGAAGCGCCCGAGGCCGAGGCCGUGCAGGUCCACGCAGCGCCCGACGAGGUCCACGCCUCGCCCGGGGCUUUGCAGGUCCACGCAGCGUCCGAGGUUGAACAGGCGGACAAAGCGUCCGAAGCUGUCGAGGCCGACGAAGCGCUCGAGGCUGUACAGGUCCACGAAGAGCCCGUGCAAGUCGACGCACAGGUCGACGAGCCGAUGGACUCCGUGGACUCCGUGUCCGCCGCCGACGUCGUCGACGUCUCGAUGGAGGGCGACGACGCACCCGCGAGUACGACGGCGGACGGCGUAUCGGACAUGCUGCCGCUCUUUGCCGACGACGCCGACCCGGCCGAGAUGGAGCCGUACGAUCCGGAUGACUACGAACUGCCCGCCGACGAGAGCACCAACAAGGCGCCGAUCCGCGCCUUUCCGUUGCCGCCGUGCGUGCACGAGAGCGUCGAGGCCGUCCUGGCCGAGAUUCGACUCACGGAGCCGAGCGUGGUCUUUGACGAGCGCACGCUGUUGGCCAUGAACGCGCUCACGACAUUGCACGCCGCCGAGGUCAUCAAGCGCUUCCAAGCUGUCGUCGCAGCCUCGGCCGUACCGCCCGACACGUAUACGGCUCUGCGCGACAUCAUCGCUGACGUCAAGGCCAAGAAACCAUCGAAGAAGGAGCCCAAGCCAGCGCCGAUCUUGGCCGACGCCGUCUGGGCCCGCCUCCUCGACUGCCAAGCCGACGGCGCAUCCGAUUUCACACUGCGCGAUCUCCGGGCGUCGAGUGCGCUCGACGCGCUCGGGAAGCUCCCAGCAUUUGCACAGCUCACAGUGGUCUCACGCUUCGUCAAGAGCUCCCUCUCGACCAUUCGAUCCAAGGACUCGCAUCUGACGCAGCUGAUACUGACGUACCACCAAGAGAACCCGCUCGUCGCAUCGCUCCGCCCCGUCUCCGAGGUGGACCCGUCGACCGGUACCGACGAAAGCCUCUUUGAGUUUGGCUAUGCGCCGCCGCAGCCGCCGCAAGGCAUGCUCUCCGAGACGCCGGUGCGGUCGUUUCCGCUACUGGACCAGAUCCGUGCGGAGAAGACAUCGACACCAGGCGACGCCAAGGUAUCGACGACGACGGGCAAGUCCAAGCUCUUUGCGUCGGCGGCGCGGACCUCGGACAUGUACCCUCGCCUGUCGCCGGCCAUGGAAGACGUGUACGCGACGUCGCGCAUGAAGGACGUGGUCAACGACACGGUGCUCCUCCGGCUCAUGAAGCUGCCGGACCACCUCGCGCUGCGCGCGGUCGAGAACUUUCGCUCGACGGACACGGCGCACGUCGACAACAUCAACGGCUUCUUUGUUGGCAUCAUCACGCGUGUCAUGGAGCGGGAGCGCACCACGGGGCCGCCCCAAGGUCGUCUCGACCCGCGCGGGUUUCCGGCAGGUGAUUUUUCGCGUCCGCCGUCGGCCUUUCAACCACCCACGGGCGCCCACCUCGGCGCGCCCAUGCCGUGGGCGCAUCUCCCAGCGUUUGACCAACACAUUCGCACGAUGCCGCUCUCGGUGCAAACAGAGCUCUCGCACAUGGUCGCUGCCGGCGUCCUCGCGUCGAUCGACGAGCUCGCGGAAAAGUGCUACGAGAUCCUCGGCCAGCUCUCGGAGCCGCUCGCGCUCGAAGUGCUCAACCGCUACACGACGUCCAACCUCGACAGUGUCCGGAACCGGUCCGGCUUUCUCAUUGGCGUCAUCAAGCGGUGCCGACAAGAGUACGGGCUCUUGUAG